AGAGACUUGGCUGUUGAUUCUGACUUUGACAGAGGCCAUCAAGUGAUCAUGACCGACAUGCAGUGACAUGCUGCAGUCACACGAGCACACAACAGGAUAAAAAUGGACCUGGAACUGAGGCUCUCAUGUUCAUCCUGUCUACAGUGGUUUUCAGCCUAAAAUUGGAUUCACUUUACUUGUUCAUUUGUUAUUGCAGAUUGACAGUCAGGUGCUGUGGCGGGUGAAGGUCAACGUUAUUUGUUGUGUAUGCCUCGUAAUUCAACCCAGUUGGAGCAACGAUGGCUUCCCAUGUGAGACUCCGUAAGGACAGGCCUGGAGUGGUGGACUACGACACACAAAUAAAAGAGGUGCGUUGCCAGCUUGCAGAUCAACUGAAGGUGUUGGACCUGCAACUUGAGCAGAAGAGCCAGCAGCUGCAGGACCUGACGGACUACCUGAGGCGACGGGGUGAGAUUGAGAGCGAGUAUGCACGCUCCCUGGAAAAGCUUGCUGAAAGGUUUACGUCCAGAACUAAGAGGAAGGAUCCCAGCGGUCACUCAGUGGUUAAAGUCUGGCUGGCUCUGCUGUCCCAGACCCGGCUGGAAAGUAGGGACCAUAAUGGGCUGAGCGAGAGCUGCAGCAACCUUCUCAUCCAGCCACUCACACACUGUCUGGAGUACACACAACGCCUCGCCAAGAAGAGUAAAGACAUCUGUUCUCAGCUACAAGAUGGUCUGCUCAAGGUUACAACAGAGCUGCAGACUGCAUGGCGGACGUACCACCAGUACCACUCAGACUAUGUGUAUGCAGAGGGGAAGCUGAAGGAGGCAGAGAAACAGGAAGAAAAGCAGAAGCAGAGUGCUGCAAAGAAACUUGAGCGGUUGAUAGAAAAAAGACAAGGUAAGGUUCAAGAGAUAAACCUGAAGUGCAUCAAGGCCCGAAACGACUACCUCAUAAACCUGGAUGCCGCCAAUGCCUCCAUGAAUAAGUACUACUUCCAGGACAUCUCUACUAUCAUCGAUUGUGCAGAUGUGGGCUACCACCACUCUUUAGGCCGGGUGAUGCAGGCCUACCAGUCCAGGCGGUGGCGGGCUCAGGAGAACCUGAGCACGGGGCUGCAGCAGCUUCAGGGGGCCGUGUCCGGACUGAACCAGGUUCAUGACAGAAACGCUCAGCUGCAGGAAAAUUCCAGCAGCUUCUCUAUGCCCCUGCGCUUCACCUACCAGCCUCACGACGGAGACCAGGUUUCUGAGGUCAGUGCAGAGUGUGAGAUGAGACGCGAGCUGGACACCAGAUUCAAACAGAUACAGGCCAGACUGAAAGCAGUCACCGAGGAGACAGAAGAGGCGAGUAAGAACAUGUCCACAGCCCAGAGUUCCCUGCUGGAGAGUAUUGGUGAUGAUGAUCUGGAGCCCAACGCCGGCGGUUUGUCUCAGGACGUCAACACUGAAAACCUUACAGUCAAGCCCAGUGUGGCCCGGCGCAGGGCCAACCUGCAGGAAACGGAAAACCUCUACUUCACCAGAGUAAAGGAGUACCUUGUCGGGAGCUCCCUGGUAUCUAAACUGCAGGCCAAACAUGAUCUGCUUAAAGUGGCUGUGGAAAAAGCUGAAGAAUCAAAUGAAUUACAACCCAGACACAAUGGGAAGCUAUUGCGCGUCAGGAAGAAUCACUCAAGCUCCAGUUUGCUUCACAACCACAAACUGUUCAGCGGAGACAUGCUGUCCUUCCUACAGGCAUCGGGACAACAGAUUCCACGUGUGGUGGAAAGUUGCAUUCGCUUCAUCAACCUCAAUGGUCUACACCAUGAAGGGAUAUUUCGGGUUCCUGGGUCUCAAAUGGAAGUCAACAACCUGAGGGAUGCUUUUGAGCGAGGAGAGGACCCCCUCGCUGAGCAGAAGUUUGACCUGGACUCUGUGGCUGGAGUGCUGAAGCUCUACUUCCGAGGUCUGGCGAACCCACUCUUCCCCAUGGACAGCACCAAGCUCCUCCUGGAACAUGCUCAGAUCAAGAACGACUCAGAGAGAUUGGCUCAGUUCAAAUCAGUCAUCUCCUCCUAUCCUGAGCCGCUCAUCAUUGUCAUGCGAUACCUCUUUGCUUUCCUUCAUCACGUGUCGCAGUACAGUGACGAGAACAUGAUGCAGCCUUACAACCUGGCCGUGUGUUUUGGGCCCAGCGUCUUCAGAGGGGCUCAAGAUGAUGAUGAUGCCGUCACCCUGCUGCCUCUGAUCAACGACCUAGUGAAGAGCAUCAUCCUCAAUCAUGAAAGCAUCUUCCCCAGCCAGAGUGAGGUACAGGGGCCGGUGUAUGAGAAAUGCAUGACACUAGAACAGGAGGAAUGCGAACCUCUUCUUGAAGAAGUGGAUGCGGAAGCAGAGUGCUCUCAUGGCAAAGCCGAGUCGGAAACAGUGUCGUCAGCUGACAGCAGCACCAGCUUGCCUGCAGCCCCAUUGCAGACGAGGGCAGAACGACCCAGAGCUAACAGUAGUGGCUCCAUCGACAACAAGAGACAGAGUAGACCAGCAGGGGGCAGCAUCACUUCAGCUGCAAAGUUCACGUUACAGAUUCCUGUUGGGCCCCAAUGCAAACCCAAGAUGGCCCCCUCUCCUGGCCUGGUGCGCAGAGAUCUCCGGGAACACUCGUCUGCUGAGGAUAUCGGUGUUAAAGUAGACAAGGAGGUCUGUCGCCAGAUGGAAACGGUCUUCAAGGAGCUCCUCCGGCAUCAAGCUCUGCAGGAUCCCUCCUCCUCCGCCGCCUCCUCUCCCUCUGUCCAAGCCCCCCAGAGCAAAGGGAAACGGGACGGACGCAGGGGGAGAGGAGUGGGCCUCUUCAAAGCAGCCGAUCCAUAGGCCUGAGAGGACUGGCAUCGUGAGAGGAGACACAGAGAGAGAUGAUACACAUGAUCUGAAGUGAAGGCUGAUGUGCACUGACAGCAGCUUUCGGCACAUCUAUUUCGAGAGAACUGACCUCACUGACCCGUAGUCACUUCUGAGGUCCCUGUGAUUGGCCGCAUUUCAUUCAUGUUUUGCUCAGCAGAUCUGAGUCAUGACUGCAGACCUGCAGCCCGAUGUUGGAACUGUGGAUUACUUGAAGUGCAAAGAUGCGUUUGUGUAAAAUUUAUUAUAAAGUAAUUUAUGCUGUGUGGGUGUUCAACUAUUUCCAAUUAAUGAUUUUUUUCUUCUUCUUUCCAAGUCAAUAAACAAACAACCAUACAUUCUUCAUCAAAUGUCCAUUUAUUAAACAAAGUUCAAAACUGUGAAAACUAACUGAAAGGAAUGUGUAUAUAUUGAUUAAUUGUAAGGAUUUUAUUAUUAACAUGUGGACCUGUCUGGAUAUGGGAUUCAUGCCAAAUAAAUAUUUUGUCCAUUC